AUGGAACGUUGCUCGACAGUAAUUUAUAAAUUAAAUAAUUGUACUCUGACAAUUUAUAAAUCCAAAUCAAGUAAAAAAAGUUAAUACUAAGCUCGAAGCAUAAAUGUGUAAAAAUCAAUAACAAUAGAAAGCGAAUAUUUGAGACACAGUUGCGUAUUAUAAUGAAACCAAAUUCAGCGUCGAUGUAACCGAUCAAAUGGCGAGAAAGUACAGUGUCAAAUCCAAACUCUAUAGAAGAGUGCAAUUCUGUACAAGACAAAAUAUAUCAAGACAACAAUUUCUACUACAAUUAGCAGAAAAGCUUGCCAAAGACUACCACGAAUUUCUCCAAGAAGAAAAGGAAAACAUACAAGGGACAUCAAAUGAGCAAUGUAAUAUUUGCGGAAAUCGCAGAUACGAUUUUGCAAAGAUAAUAAAACAAUUAAAUCUUGUGUGA